CAAACGGACCCCGAAGUCCAAGUCGUUGACCUAGUUGGAUCUUGGGACAAUUUUUCGUCCCACUACCCGAUGGAGCGUGACUAUCGCCGUGGCCCCGGUCAAUGGAAAGGCUGUCAUCUUUUUCGGGACAUCAUCUGCAACGGUGACCUGAACAAGACACGACAUGGGGCCCUGCAAAUGGGUCACACCUACUACUACUACACAACUCACUUCCCCAUGUUCCCUCCACUUAUUGUCAUGCAUGAUACGACUUUUGAUCUCUGGACUGACAUAUAUAUAUCCUUGGCUCGACAACAGUACGAAGUGGAUGGGUCCAUUGAAACAUAUGAUCAAAAAAUGCCGUCAACUACAACUUGCCCAUAUAUGCCUGGACAGACCGUCAACACAUUGACCGUUCCAACCCAACAAACCCUACGCCAGAGGAGCGUAUCACUCAGCUCAAUGAGAAUCACCGACUACACCACGAUGAACCCGGAGGCCAAGUUCCUCCCCCCUCAGCCAAUGCUUCCCUCAAUGGCUGAAGGUGCCGAGGUUCGCAAGCGAACCGCACCAGCCCUGUUCCGCCCUGCAGCACCUCGAUCACGUUCGCCAUCACCGGCCUGGAAGCGAUUCUUUCACCACAAGUCCAAGGACGACGAGCGUGGUCGCUCUCGGGAUCGCGACGAGGACAGCUUGAGGCCAUCCACCGCCUGUGAUGACAACCGUAGCGCCGCCUCUUCAAGUAGAAGCCGAAACCGUUCGAUAUCCCCCGAGUCGCUACGCCGUUUCUUGACCGAAGACCCUCCAUCCAGACCUGGAUCGAACCGCAGCGAGCGUCCAACGCUCAUUAUCCCCGAGGAUAUUGCAGAGGAGAAUGAGGACGAUGAUAACUUCGCAACAUCCGCAAUCUCGGAGUACCCUCCCUUUGCCAUGGGCUUGUCACCGCCCCCAGCACAGCGCCCGGCAACUCCUCGUGAGUCGGCACCUUUGACAUCCAAGAACCUCAGCUCCCUCACACUGGCCACAUUGCGUCCUCCCAGUCGGGGUCAAGACACUGUGGUAAGAAGCAGUGAAAACGAGAUGCCAUCGCUUGAGAUCCCAACUCAGGCGCCCAGCACUGUUUUGACUUCUGCUGCUUCAAGUGUCAUGGCCUCCCCGCUCUCGGCUUUGACACCCGAAGAGGAGAUGCUCACCUUCUAUGACGACUCAAACGACGAGGAUGAGGAAGUCCCAGCUUCUGGGCUCUCCGUUCGCCGCAAAGCUGUCCCUCUUCGAUCGCGUUUCACUGGCUACAGCCUGCCUCAGCAGGGUGAUAACCGGAAGAAGUUUGAUCUCCAGGCAACUGGUGCGCGCCUCAACCCUCCAAGCCUCAUGGCCGAGCCAUUGAGCCCUGCUGAUACUCUUUCGAAGGUUCUCCUCUCUCCAGUCGACACCGGUCUGGAUGAUUUUCUGAAUGAGUUGGGCCUUAUUGUCGAUACAGUAGGCAGCAAAGACAACUGA